AUGGGGAUGCUGCUGCUGCCUGGGGAUCGCGGCGUUCUCCGGGGACUCUGGACGGCGCUCCUGCGCAGGCUGCAGGGCGAGAAGUCCUGGGCUAGGAAGCUCGACGAGAUCAACCUGUUGCAGCAGAAGAGGAUCUGGGAAUCUCCUCUCCUCUCAGCUGCAAAGGAAAACGAUGUUCCCGCCAUCCAGAAGCUGCUUGCCAGCCAUACCUGUGACCUUCAAGAGCGAGGUGCCGUUGGGGAGACAGCUCUCCAUGUUGCUGCCCUGUACAAUAGUUUGGAAGCUGCCCAGCUCCUGAUGGACACAGCUCCGGAACUGGUGAAUGAAGCGAUGACAUCUGAGCUAUACACAGGGGAAACGGCCCUUCACAUCGCUGUGGUGAACAAAAACCUGAACCUGGUGAAAGCUUUGCUUGAGAAAGGUGCAGAUAUUAAUGGCCCGCGAGCCACUGGGUAUGUCUUCAGGCACAGAAGUGACAACCUCAUCUAUUUCGGGGAACACGUUUUAUCUUUUGCAGCCUGUGCAGGAAAUGAGGCCAUUGUGCAGCUGCUCAUUGAACAUGGCGCCAACAUCCGCGUGCAAGACUCCUUGGGUAACACUGUCCUUCACAUCUUAGUGCUGCAACCUAACAAAGCAUCUGCGUGUCAAAUGUACAAUCUAUUUCUCUGCUACAACAAGGAAGACAAGGAACUGGGUGAUCUGGACUCGAUUCCCAACAAUGAGGGGCUUACUCCGUUUAAGCUGGCUGGUGUGGAGGGCAACACUGUGAUGUUCCAGCACCUCAUGCAAAGAAGGAAGCACAUCCUGUGGACUUGGGGGCCUUUGACAUCCACCUUGUAUGACCUCACAGAAAUUGAUUCGUGGGGCGAUGACCAAUCACUCCUGGAGCUCAUUGUCACCUCCAAAAAGAGAGAGGCACGGCGGAUCCUAGACCUUACCCCUGUGAACGAGCUCGUAAGCCUGAAGUGGAAUAAAUAUGGCAGGCCAUAUUUCUGUAUCUUGGCCUUAUUCUAUGUCCUGUACAUGAUUUGCUUCACAAUGUGCUGUGUCUACCGGCCUCUGAAAAAGCGAAACUGCAACAAAACCCAUGAAAGGGACAACACCAUAUACAUUCAGAAACUUUUGCAGGAGUCCUACCUCACUCCUCAAGAUGACCUCAGACUUGUUGGUGAGCUCAUCACUGUUAUUGGAGCCUUGGUGAUACUGAUUCUGGAGAUUCCAGAUAUUUUCCGUGUUGGAAUCACCAAGUAUUUUGGACAGACAAUCCUUGGAGGACCUUUCCAUGUCAUCAUCAUCACAUAUGCCUGUAUGAUCCUGGUGACCAUGGUGAUGCGUCUCACUAGCACCAACGGAGAGGUGGUCCCCAUGUCCUUUGCUCUGGUGCUGGGCUGGUGCAACGUCAUGUACUUUGCACGAGGAUUUCAGAUGCUGGGGCCCUUCACCAUCAUGAUCCAAAAAAUGAUCUUUGGAGACCUUCUCAGAUUCUGCUGGCUAAUGGCAGUGGUGAUACUUGGGUUUGCAUCUGCGUUCUACAUCAUCUUUCAAACAGAGGACCCUGAUGAGUUGGGCCAUUUCUACGAUUACCCCAUGGCGCUCUUCAGUACGUUUGAGCUCUUCCUCACCAUCAUUGAUGGACCAGCCAACUAUGAAGUCGACUUGCCUUUCAUGUAUGGCGUCACCUACUCUGCCUUUGCCGUCAUUGCCACCCUCCUGAUGCUCAACCUGCUGAUUGCCAUGAUGGGUGAUACCCACUGGCGUGUGGCCCAUGAGCGGGACGAGCUUUGGCGAGCACAGGUUGUUGCCACCACGGUGAUGCUGGAGCGCAAGCUCCCACGCUGCCUCUGGCCUCGUUCUGGGAUCAGGGGAAGGGAGUACGGGCUGGGUGACCAGUGGUAUCUCAGGGUUGAAGGUCGGUGUGAAAUGCGGCAGCAGAAGCAGCAGCUGGGUGCGAGGAACUGUGAGCCUCACCGAAGAGAUGCCUUCCAAAAGUACUUGAAGGCCAAAGUGGUUCUGCAUACAGAAGAUGGUGAACAGGCUUAUUCAAGCAAGCAGCUGGCCUUUAGCACUUCCCCUGACACUCCAAAUUUAUCACGGAAGAGUUCAAAUUGUGCCUGGAACAUCUUAAGGCACAACACGCUGAGCCAUCUACAGGGAUAUACAAAUUAUGCCAUGGAAGAGGAGAUCUACCAUGUGUAAGCUCAGGAAGAAUUAUUGCCUCCGGGCCCACGGAUUGUGCCAGCUUAAAUUUUUGGCACUGGUUAUUGUUAAAUGGUUGUAGAAGGUUUGCAACAUUUGCUGUGGGCAGACUCAGGAAAGAUUGUUGUUGAUGUAAAAGUGCAAGAAAGUACACCAAAGGUUUAGCACCGAGAGAAAUCCAGGGAAUUCGGGGGAGAUGGCCUGGAUUGUGGCAUCCACUUUUAUUUCACAAACUUUCUUAUGUAUUUGCAAAUCUUAGGCUUUCAGUGGGUGGCCUAGAGAAGACUGGUCUACAUUUGCUGGUGGUACUGGAGAACACGGUUCUUCUCCUUUGCUCAAAGCUCUGUAUAUUUCACAAAACUCCCGAGUGGUGUCAAGAGGAGGGAAUGACCAUUCUGUUAUCUGCACCUUCUCAGAGCAAGAAGAACGUCUGAAGGAGCAUUCGACAUUUCCCCAUCUCUAUCUAGCAGGGACAGGGCUGUCCCAAGGCUGAACAACAGAUGCAGGAACUGACUUGGGGGCUGCUGCUCACCUGGGAGCUACUGCCUGGCCUGAAUGUGGCACAGCGUCUGGGAGCUUCCAAGCACCGGCCUGCCCUUGCCUGGCUGCUUGGGCUGCCUGAGCUGGGUCAGGCGAGAGAACCCUGCAGAACCAUUUGGCCCUCGAGGCAGAGAGGCUAGUGAGCAACCACCAUUGCUGGUGAAAUAAUGGUAUAACACAAAUGGGUGUAGAUUAUCUGGCUAAUAAGAUAAUCCAAGAACCCCUGGUUCAAAUGAAAUACCUUUCUUGAGCAACUAGGAGAAGCAUUUUCCUGCAUUAUGACACUUGGAGUCAAACUUGUUUGUUAAUGCCUAGAAAGUACUGGCUAUUGGGCAAUAAAAAUGAAAUAAAUAGAUAUCUUUUUUAAAAAAUCUGUAGCACUGGUAGGUUCUAUGGGACUACUUGCUUCCUGGUGAACAUUGCAAAUCGCAGUGUACCUAACCCAACAUACAAAAUGAACUUUUUAUCACCAAUCUUAUUACACCAGUAUGAGUAUGUAUAAUAGGCUUUGUUGCGAUGGGGGCGGCAUAGAAGUGUUUUAAAUAAAUAAAUCAAUAAAUAUAAUAAGAAGAAAAUACUACAACCCCUGCACGCAAGUCACUGGCAACAACACUAAUACCAAUAAAACUGACUGUAGAGCCACAAAGUUCAAAAGUCCUUUUGAAUCCAGUUCAAACAAAGGAAUCUAAAUUGUCCUCUUCAACCGUCUGAACACAGGAGAGGUGGCUGCAUGUGUGGAAUCCUC